AUGUCUUCACACCCAUCGUCCAGCGAUAACAUCACGCGUGAUGCUCCUCACAACACUCAAUGUGCAAACCACGAAACCUCCGCCGAACAGACCAAGAAAGAACAGGAAUCCACCAUCCCACACAAUCCUGAAGAACAAAACACCGUCCCUAAGGACACCGUGGACGGACAUGAGACCCCUAAACUGCCCGAGAACCACGAUACCAUCGCGGACGAAACGACCCACCCCAACCCUCCCAAGCCAAACAUGACACAACUCAACUCGACUGAGACAAUCCAUCCUGCGUCUACCAACCCCGACGCAACUCUCCCCGAGGAGAUCGAGAACAGCAUCAACGCAGCCCGACGUACAAUGGAGACAUUCGACCAACGCCUCACCAACCUGGAAGCCGGAGUUGAGCAUCUGCAACAGCAGCUCCAGGACCAAGCCGCGCGGACCCGGCAGCUGGAGGCCGACGUUUAUCGCCUGAUGCGGACCGCAGACAGUCAUCAGAUGAGCAUUCUGCAGAUCUUCCAGCGUCUUGAAGAGUGGUAUUGGUUCAAUUAG